CCAGGGGUGGACUGACCAUUUGGAAACUCGGGCACUGCCCGAGUGCCCAGGGUCUGUAGGGGGCCCCAUGAGAUGCCCCUGGUACCUUUUUCAUAGGCUUUUUUGAGUUUGGGCAAGGACACAGGGGCCCCAUGAUCCCCUAUUGCCCAGGGGUCCCAUGAGUUGUCAGUCCGCUCCUGUCACCCACCAUAACAUUAUCACCAUCCACCUAACAUUGAGAGGAUGCAGAACCCCUGACCUCUGUCUGGGCAAUGCUGAUUGGCCCUAUGCUGAUCACAGGCACUCUCCCAAGAAAAAAAAAACCCUCUAGCAAUGCACACCAAACUGAGUAUGUGCCGAGUGACUCCACACCAUAUGCCUUAUCUGGAGAUAAGAGGGGGACACUGGAAGAAGGGAAGGAUCAGAGAAGACAAGAUCAAACAUCCUUUUUACACAAUGCCGAGGAUUAACCCCUUAGGUUCCACAGUGAGUAUAACAAGCAUGCUUUACUGCAUAUACAGGCUGAUUUUACUGUUGUGGGUUUAG